GCUCCGCUGGCCCCGCCUCGCGGCCGGCGAGCUGCAUAGCCGAGCUGGCCUGCGGGCUGCGGGCGGAGCCGAAGGGGGUGGGGAGAGCGACGCACCGCCCAGCUGGACCAAACCCCUCCACUCCCAGCGAGAAACUGCAGUGCGCCUGGGAUCAGGACGCUCGCUCCUGCCCUUCCAGCCGGAGCCCUCGCACCAGGCGCCUUUCCUGGGAGCGAGCUGGGCGCGUCCGCUCAUUCCCGAUCGCCCGGAAAAGGCCGACUUAACGACAGGCCGUUUGGCCUUUGCACGAGCCGCCAAGUCACCAAAGGGCGGCGACAGGGGACUGGAGCCAGCGGGGCUCUCCCGAGGAGCAGAGAGCGCUCGGGGGCGACGCGGGGCCGGAGCGAGGAGUGUCGUGAAGCUCGGGGCUAGCGGCGGAUCAUCCCGAUUUUGUCUGGCGUCUGCGAGAUGUGGGAAGAAGAAAAGGUCAAGCUCGGAGGCAAUGGCAGCGAUGCCCGUCUGGCCAGCGCCGCGGCGCGGGGGCAAGUGGAGACCGUGCGGCAGCUCCUGCAGGCGGGCGCGGAUCCCAACGGAGUCAACGGCUUCGGGAGGCGCCCGAUCCAGGUCAUGAUGAUGGGCAGCACCCGCGUGGCCGAGCUGCUGCUGAUCCACGGCGCGGACCCCAACUGCGCGGACCCCGCCACCCUCACGCGGCCCGUGCACGACGCCGCCCGGGAGGGCUUCCUGGACACGCUGGUGGCGCUGCACCGAGCCGGGGCGCGGCUGGAUGUGCGCGAUGCCUGGGGCCGCCUGCCCGUGGACCUGGCUGAGGAGCGGAGCCACCGCGACAUCGUCCGGUACCUGUGCGCCACCGCGGGAGACUGAUGGCGGGCGCACCCAGCUGCCCACAACGACUUUUCUUUUCUCCCCAGCUCCCCAUCCCCAACUUAGUUCAACCAAGGCUGCGACGCAGAGCGGCUUUCGGAAAGCCUUCCUGGGCGACUGGAUUCCUCAAGGGAAGGAGGGGCAGGCCAG